AUGCGCUUAGAAGGACUGACCUUACGAGGCGAGCUGCGACGAGAUCUUCGAGGAGAUGUACGACGUGGAGAACGGCGAGGAGAACGGCGGCGGCCGCGACUGCUGCUGCGAUCGGUGCGACGCUUAGGAGAGGGAGAAACACGACGACGACGAGGGGAUGGUGAGCGGCGACUUGGACGAUCACCUCCUCCUCGUUCAGCUCUAGCUCUGGCGGGUGAACGACGUGGAGAACGAGAACGUCCUCGAGCAGCGAGACCAAAUAUUCAACUUCCUGCAACAACCGUACUAACCUUCCCAGAAUCUCUCUUACUACGAGGAGAGGGUGAGCGGGACGAACUCGAACUGCUUGAAGAACGAGAAGAUCCCGAUGAAUCACUAAAAAAUCUUUAA